CUUGAAUCGGGGGAAUCAAUCAGCAAAUAAGCCACGUCUCGCUUUUCAACUUCAACCUAGAAAUUUGAUUUGUUCGUUUGAAUACUUUCGUACUUUUUCCAGCAAUACUCCAUUUUUUCUCGAGAAAAUUGUGCAUUUCUACGGUUGCGUACUUCGGUUUCUAACUGAUUUCAUACCGUGAGAUAUUGUUCUAAGAGUGGGAAUUUGUUGCAGAUUCCUUGAGGUCUGCAAUUAAUGGCAAGGAUCAAACCUCAAGCUUUGCUACAACAAAGCAAGAAGAAGAAGGUGCCGAGUCAAAUUAGUGUCACUACUAUUCUUUUGUACAGCUUGAUUGUUGUCUUGAUUGUCUUCUCCCUUUUUGCUACAUACAGACAUUGGUCCCAAAGGUCAAGAAAUCAGAGAGAACUUGGAGAAUCUGGGUUUGAGGACGAAAAUCGUUUGACUGGCUCAAAGAAAUACAAUCCUCCUGAAUAUGCUAUUAUAAAUACCUCAAAAGGCCCUAUAACAGUGGAACUUUUCAAGGAUAGUUCUCCUGAAGUUGUUGCUGAAUUCAUAGACUCAUGUCAAAAGGGGCACUUCAAGGGGAUGCUUUUUCACCAUGUAAUGAAGCACGUGGUGAUUCGAGCAGGGAGUGUUAAUAAUCUAGGGGCGCCAGAAGAGUGGACUUUGAGAGGAAAGCGUGACAGUCAUCUAGACACGAGUUCAAAACAUGGGGCAUUCAUGCUUGGAACCUCUAAGACUAAACAUGAUAGCAAGGGAUUUGAGCUCUUCAUUACAACAGCACCACUCCCAAUACUAAAUGAGAAGCUUACAGUUUUCGGUAGGGUCAUUAAAGGAGAUGAUGUUGUUCAGGAAAUUGAAGAGGUUGAUACGAAUGAGCAUUAUCAACCAAAAUCACCUGUAGGGAUCAACAAUGUGACUUUGAAACUUAAAAUCUGAAAGAUGUCUGGCACUCCUGCUCAUCAGAAGCUUUUCCAACGCUGAUAGAUAAUUAGUGUGCGCUUGGUUUUCAGUUUUUCAUCUUUUUGACAUUCACGCAGACUAUCAUUUUGUCAAAGUGUACUGAAUUCUUGUAUUUGGUUUAUUAAAUUUGUGGCAUACGUCCAACAAAGCUGGUUUUGGGUUCUC